ACUUCAUUCCAUCUCACCGGACGUCACCUCCACCGGUUAAUUCCGUCACUCAGAGAGAGAAACUGAACGAAAUCCCCCUUAGUUAAAAUGGUGUCCAUUCACUCUCUCAAUUCAAUUUCCCACAAUGCCGAACCGGAGAGGUUCAUCGUUUGCAGCCAACGGAAUUCCGAUCAUCGCCGGAACCACCGUAUCUCUGAUACUACUAUGGGCGUUCUGGCCGGGAAUCAGCUUCAGUACCAUCCACCGUCACCGGAUUACCAAUUACAGAACCGGGUCUAUUAAUAGUUUCAGAAUAUUUUCCGGUGGAAUCCGGAAUACUACCGUUACCGUUCGACGGUUUAACUUGACCCACGAUCCACCCGAACCGACAUUCUACGACGACCCGGAUCUCACAUACACCAUCAACAAACCCAUCGAGAAUUGGGACGAGAAGAGACGAGAAUGGCUAUGGCUGCACCCUUCAUUCCUACCGGGUCUAGAGGAACGGGUCUUGUUAAUAACCGGGUCACAACCCAACCCAUGCCAGAACCCGAUCGGCGAUCAUUUGCUAUUAAGGUUUUUCAAGAACAAAGUAGAUUACUGUCGGAUCCACGGCUACGAUAUCUUCUACAACAACGUACAAUUCCAUCCUAAAAUGUUCACCUACUGGGCCAAAAUCCCGUCGGUUCGGGCCGCAAUGUUGGCCCACCCGGAAGCCGAGUGGAUCUGGUGGGUCGACUCCGAUGCCGUUUUCACCGACAUGGAUUUCAAGUUACCGUUACAACGUUAUAAAAACCACAAUUUCGUCGUUCACGGCUGGCCCAAGCUGAUCUACGAGAAGAAAAGCUGGACGAGCUUAAACGCCGGCGUUUUCUUGAUCCGAAACAGUCAAUGGKCUCUUGAUUUCAUGGAUGUUUGGUCGGGUAUGGGUCCUCAGACUCCGAAUUACGAAAAAUGGGGCRAAAUCUUGAGGGAAACYUGCAAAGACAAGUUUUUCCCCGAAUCCGACGAUCAAACGGGUCUAGUUUAUUUAUUAUUAAAAGAAAAAGAAAAAUGGGGGAAUAAAAUAUACGUGGAAGAUGGGUAUUAUUUCGAGGGGUACUGGAUGGAAAUCGUGGGGAAAUUGGUGAACAUAACGGCGAGAUAUAACGGCGUUGAGAAACGGGAGCGCAGGUUAAGGAGACGGCAUGCCGAAAAGCUGAGAGAAGGCUAUUCUGCGCUGUGGGAGGAGUAUUUGAAAUUGGAAGGUGCAAGGUAUGGCGUGGAUGGUUGGAGACGGCCGUUUAUGACGCAUUUCACGGGGUGUCAGCCGUGUAGCGGCAGGCAUAACGAGUUGUACACUAUGCAGGGUUGUUGGGAUGCUAUGCAGAUGGUAUUGAACUUUGCUGAUAAUCAAGUGCUGCGUAGCUAUGGUUUCGUGCACCCGAGUCUAGGUGAUUCCGCCUCGGUGGUUCCUCUACCGUUCGAUUAUCCUGCUUAAGAGGGUAAAAUAGCUGGUUGUAUCUUGUUUGUGAAAAUGUUAAGUUUACAACAAUAAUUAGGG